UUUAUUGUUCUAAAAAUAAAAGAAAAAAAACUUUACAUAAAAACAGCAAAAACUCACAAAAACGAGGCACUAUCAGUUAUCUAUCAUGUUUCGCGACAAGAAGACUGUGCAUGCAGGAUCGCGGCGUCAGUCGACAAGGACAAGCGCACAAACAUCCAGCACAAGCUCAGCAAUGCUCGGGGAAAUGGAGGAAAGUGAAUUAUACCGUCGGACCUCAGAGCCGUCUCUUUCGCGAACCGAGCUGCUACUCUUGGACUAUAAACAGUUUUUAGCCGCCAGACGCAUUCAGGCCCUCUUUCGAGGCUUCUAUGCGCGCAAGCAGCGGAGGUCUCGGGAGAAGGCGGCCAUUACCAUCCAGCGCUGGUGGCGGGGAUUCUACGUGCGCAAGAACUGGUUCGGCUAUGUUGAGAACCUGUUGCAGCAACGCUGCGUCGAGCACUUCAAUCGGUCGGCCACAAAGAUUCAAGCUCUGUUCCGUGGCUGGCGCACGAGGCAGUUGCAGCACGAUAUGCACAGUCUGCGUCGCAUUCAGGUGUGUGCUGCCGAGGACCUGCUCAAUUGUGUGGCUUUCAAGCUGCACCAUCUGCUGCGCACCUAUUCCAUACCUGGAGUGUAUUCGCUACGCAACACACACUGCCUGUCACGAGUGGAGAGGUUGUUGGCCAGCAUGAAUUUUCGCUUCCACAAUGAACGCGUACGCAGUGCAAUGAAUCGGCGAAUCGCCCGGACUGAAGAAAAUCGUAAGGAGUUCAGCAAUGCCCGGUUCCAUACAAAAGUUCCAUAUGGCGGACCGAAUAUGAAGCAUCCGUGUCCGCCGCACUGCGAUGAACUGUUGCGCAUGUCCAAGGAUAUGGAUCGUCGAAUGUACAAGAUUAUAGAGAUGUACGAAAAAUCUCAACAAGAGAUGGAAGCUACCGCAGAGGGGAAAAAGUCGCAUUUGCGAUUGUCCGAAAGACGGCGUUUAUGGCGCCUAAAAGAAGUUCUUGCUCGUCAGGAGAGUAGCAAGCGCGACUUUUGUGGCGAUGUUAUUGCCAGUAUGAUGAAGUGGAAAAUACUCGACAAAAGCAAAAACAUCAAUAACGAUAUAUUCCGCAAUCCCGCGAAUCUGGAGAAAUUCCUCGAUGAAAUUUCCCACGUCCUAGACGAAGUGAAUGAGGCCUCGUGUCAUUGUAAAUUCGAUCCCCGCGAUCCGAUUCUAUGUCACUAAGUUCGCAACACAAGUUCUUAAACUCACUCAACUAUUAUAAUACUUAUUAGAGCCUGCUUCCAAAAUUUAAGUAAUAAAGAACAGAAAAUUAAUUUUUUUAAAUACUAA